CACAGGUGUGAGCUACUGUGCCUGGCCCAGACUGAUCUUCUUUUUGCCAUGAGGUACAAUUGGUUCCAGCUCCAAUAUGUCUUCCAGCUGAGAGGACAGUGAGAUGAGAGAUACAUGAAGUUUUCUAGUAAAUAAUUCUCCACAAAUACUAUGCUCACAUUUUUAAGUAGCUAGGUACUGAUUGUUUUUAACAAAAGAGUUAUAACAGAACAUCAUGUAGGUCAAAUGCUACCUAUUUUUCACUUAGAGUCAAACUAUUUUUUGACUUAGAGUUUUUCCUCCACAUACUUGGAAGAUUGAUCCCCCAUGCAUACCCAAAUCCACUCACACUCAAGUCCCACAGUAGGCCCUGGGAACUCACUAACAGGAAAAGUUGAAAAGUCAGCCCUUCACAUGUACAGGUUUCACAUGCCAUGAAGAUUGCAUUUUCCAUCUUCUUUUGGUUUAAAAGAAUUAGUAUAGGUGAACCCAUGCAGUUCAAACCUGUGUUGUCUGAGGUGGAUCAUUUUUAAUCUGGCCUUUUGCACAGAUCUGGCUGUUAGAGAGUUUAUGUGUCUUGAUGUUAGGACAAAAGAGUAUCAGCUCAGGUAGUAGUAGGUUGUAAAAGACAAAUGUCUUUGCUUCCCCUGGCUUUGUGUAAUAGGUGCUUAUUUCAGCACAAAAUUAGAUAUUGAGAUAAUGUCCAAAAGAAGUGAUUAUUUUCCUCUCUGAAAAUGUUAAAGCUUUAAAGAGAUUCAUUUGUCAAGAUAAAUUUAGAUUGAAUUUAUAGGUUGCUUAUUUGCAUAUUAUGAUCUGAAACAUUAUCUUUCCCUGAGUGACCAGCAAUGGUAACAUUUCUUAUGGUCUUGAGAACCAGUGGCUUGAAAGAGCCAGUGUUUGAAAGAUCUCUGUGAAUUACCAUGCUCCUCUUACUCAUGUUCAUAUUUAGAUGGUCACUUCUGGCUUUCAUUCAAAAUUUAUUUAGGUCCAGCUAUUACUUUUAGACUGAGCAUGGGGGAUAAAGUCCUUGGGGGAUACAGUCUAUAAACAAAGGAUCUCCUCUUUCUAAAUGGAUAUCCCCAACUAAACUACACGUUUCAUGAAGGUAGAAGGCAGGGUUAUCGUCAUUUUUAUGUCCUCACAGCCACAUUCAUUGUUGGUGCUCAUUAAUUAGAUUGGAUGACUAUGUCUUUUUAAUAGAAGUCAUGCUUCAUAAAUAAAGGAGAAUGGUAGGAAAACUGGAAAACCUUGACAUGCUUGAGCCCAGCGGAUUCUGCGUCUCUUCUGUGGUAGGUAGAUGGGCCAGCUAGGUUUACUGGAAUUUUUGCUUGAUUCCUCCCUCUCUUUUUUUCCUAAGAAACACUUGUAGAUUUUUCCCCAAGUUACACAGGAGAAAAGAAUAGUGAUCCUCUGUAUAAGUUUGGUAGGGUGUGUGUUUGUGUGUGUGUGUGUAUGAAGCUUGUCUUCUGUAUCAUUUAAGAGGAUACAGCAUACUUCACAUCCCAGUUAAAGACCGCCAAUGAACUGGGCUGAAACUUUGCACAUCAAGACUCAGCUGUGUGUGCUCUUCUAUUAGGGAAGGAAGUAGAGCUCUCGGCUUUAGAAGAGUGGUUGAGAGUGUGGAUGCUGGAGCCCAGCUGCAUGGAUUCCAAUUACAGUUCCACCAUUCACUGUUUCUAUGGACUGGCAAGCCAUUUAAUCUUUCUGUGCCUCAGUUUUCUAGCAGGAAAAAGAGAAUAAUAACAACUCAUAAUACAGUUGUUAUCUGUAUUAAAUGAGUUAAUAUAUGUGGAGCACCUAAAACUGUGCUUGGCAUGUAGUCAACACUUGAAUAUUAGAUGAUGUUAUUCCCCACUUACUAGCUGUGUUAAGUUUGGCAAGUUACCUUCUCUCAGCCAUGGUUGCUUACCUUUUAAAAUGAGCCUAAUAAUACCUUACUUACCUAGAGCCAAGGGGAUGAAAUAAAAUAAUCUCCUGGGACCAAAGACUUGACCCAUUUUCCAUGAAAUUUUGUUGGCAUCUAUGAGUAUUGAGGGGGUACUGAAACUAUAUAAUUCUGCUCCAUGCCAUGGUGUAGAAGGGCCAAUAGCCACUUCCAGCUUCUCUUCUAUUUUGCCCAAAUCUAUAAAGGGGCUUGGAAGCUUAUUCCAGAAAUCCAUGUUAGUUAUGUCAGAGAAAAUGGAGUCUUUUCAGUUCAAAAAACAGAACAAGACCAAAUAUGUGCCAUCUCCUACUGUCCCCUGCCAUACUACAAUUGGAUGAUCUGCAUUGCUCGUAAGAAGACUGAUCUUAUGAUCUUUGGUGAUGAUUUCUUCUUUCUACAAUCUUGAAGAAACAGAUGUCUGAUUUCAAUCAAUGGAUAUUUCCUCUAGACAGGAAGCUUGUUCUGAGACUUAAUAGACACCAUUGAAUUUUUCUUCAGUGUUCUGAUGGCUUUUUGAUUAAGUGUGCAUCAGUUAAUAAUCCCCUGAAAUACUGUGAUCAGGAGCAAACAGAGAAGUACCCAUUUAAAACACAAGAUCAAAUCAAGGUUUAGAAGGUAUCUAACUUUCCCUUAGUGGUUGGUGUGAUGUAAUGAUAGGUACCUUUUUUAUUUGUGUGAGGGUUCCUUUUGAACACAUGCUAGAAAUGCAUUUUUGCAAUCAGAAUGUCUCAGUAUUAAUACUUACAAACAUUGUUUUUAGUACUGAGGAACAUGGCUCAAGUUAUCAAUGUGUGACACGCAGCCAGCCCCUCUUGCAUUUUCCUUACGGUUACCAUUUCCGUUUUGCAGAAUAAAUUGCUGUUUAUGUUUAACACUUGACCGCAUCUUCUUGAAGCUUUUCUCAAAGAGAGCUGGCAAUUACUGUUAAGCCAGUUUGACUUACCUCUUCAUCCAGAAGAGUGCCCUGCCCAUCCCAGGCACUCACUGCAUGCCUGCUGAAUGGGACUGGAUUUGAAAAACAGUGAGACCUUCAGGUAGAUAGACAGCUGUCCCAAGAGGCAGCUAUGCAGCUAGCAAACAGAGCUGCAAUUUUCGCCCCUGUCCUUGUUGCCAGCUUCCCAGCAUAUAAACAGAGUGGUAGAAACUAUACUGGGCUGAUGCUUGGAGGUUGUUUUGUCUGUCCUGUUUUUGUUUAGGCAAAUUGGGUCUGUGAUAGAGAUCUGACUGAUAGAGACUUUUCAAAUAUUUUGCCCUGAAGGGGAAUGCGGAUCCUUGGGGAUCUUUGAAUUGCUUUGUCUAACAGGGCAGAUUGUUUGUUAAACUGUGCCAAGCCAGGUUUCAUUUAAUUGGCUGGGACACUGAAGGGGAGAGGGGUGUCCUGCUAAUGCCAGGAUUUCUAAGGAAGCCAGAAAGUCACAGCUGCUGAGCGGAAAGAAGCCUGUGGUUGGCACAGGGAGUGUAGAAGGUGAUCAUUCCUACUUAGCCUGGGCUGUUUACUCUGCCACCCUGUUGCUGGUGGACACUGGGCGUGGUGGGCGUGCUUGCCUAGUACCUGUUUGUAGAGCACUGAGACAGCCAGGGCAGAGCUAAAACAGCAGGCACCUGAAACCAGUCCUGUAGGUUUUCCCUCUCUGGCUUUAGCAGUGAAAACCUGCAUUCCAGAUGAAACCUGCAGGGAAGCGGAAGAAAGCACUUAAAAAAAAUGCUUCAAGGGCUGUAAAUGAACUGCUUUGAGAGUUCUGGGCACUUUCAAGAUGAUCUAUUGGUUUCUCUAGUUUGUUUCCCAACUUGACUUUGGCAUUGUAAGUGGCUGCUGAUCUGGGUGUACUGCUAGUUUUUUGGCCUGGGCAGCACAGGACUCUCUGAUCAUAAUCCAGAUGAAAAAGAAGGCCUGUGUCAGAAGUAUUUCAGUCAUUUUCUGCUGAUUCACUUCUGAUUCCCUUAGGCUCCUCGGGGCAGUGGUUAAGCGCCGUCAGAAUCAGCUUGCCGGCUCAGCACUUUCAGAAGCCUUCACUUGCUCACCAAUGAGGAAGUUGAAUGCCAGCAGGAGAACUGCCGGCCUGGGGCGGAGCUCCUCAUAAAGUCCUGGGCUGGGAUUACAGGGCAGUCUGACUUUCCCUAUGACAAAAAGGCUUUUGUCCCCGGGAAUAAAUACGGAAGUUUCAGAAGAGCAGCCUCCGUGGUCCGUGUGUAGUAAGGUACACGGCCUUGGCUGCUUCUGGGCACAGACUCCACGCACUUUUCACAGUUGCCUGGGUGCACCAUCAUUGCACAAACCAGAGGGACUGCACAGUGACCUGAAAGAGACCAAGUGUGUUUGCUGUUCGGCUGACUGCCCGACUCCCAGGUCCUGUUGCUCUUGGUCCUGCAAAUUAAGAACAGAUGGAGUGGAUAAACUGAGAAAGCAGGAGAAGGUAGCACAAGUCAGAACUUCUACCAAGGGCAUUACUGAGACAUGGAGAAUGUUGAUAAUUCUCUGGAUGGCAGUGAUGUCUCAGAACCAGCAAAACCAGAAGCUGGACUUGAAAUGGCUCAGUCGAUCCUGAGUAAGUUCUCUAUGAAAUCCCUGUUUGGAUUUACAAAUAAACUAGAAUCUGUGAGUCCAGAAGAGGAAGAUGCUGUGCUGAAAGCAUUCCGCAGUUUAGACGCAGAGCCCACAUCUCAGCAGGAUGAUCCCAGCGGUGGCUUGGAUCCACAGGAAGCAGAGUCUCGGGUUUCACCGGACCUCGGAAAUGGUGAGAAAAUUGCAAGGGUAGAGACAGAAUCAGAGGGAAGUCAGAGAAAAGGAGAAGCAGGGACAUCUCUCCUUGCUCAAGAGCUGCUUCCACUCUCUACUUUGGAAGAGACAAAAGGUGAUGUCAUUUGUGUUCAUGGGACCCUUGUGCACACCACCAGUGAUUCCGACUCUGAUGAUGGUGGCCAGGAGCCAGAGGAGGGAAGCAGCACCAAUGGCUCCAAGUCCCCUAGUGUUGUUUUAUCUGAGCCAUCUCAGGAGUCCAAAGAAAACCCAGGAGAUUUCAGGGAAAAUACUGUCACUGAGGAAAUGAAUGGUGCAGAACUCUGUGCAGAAGAUCCUCAAAGGAUUCCACUUGAGACAAGCAGCAGACUAGAACCUGGCAGUGUUGGUCUUCUAACAGAGCAUCACCCCAGCCAGGGCCAGGAGGGAGAAGAAGGGUCCCAAGUCCCACCUGCAGUAACAAACCAGAAUUUGAGUGUUGGUGUCACUGAGAGUGCCUCUUCUAAAAAAGAAAUUUCUGGAGAGAAGUCAUUCCAGCUUCCAGCUUUUUUCAGUGGGCUUCGUGUGCUGAAGAAGGGGGCUAACGCUGAGAGAGGAGAGACCAUCACUGAAAUUAAACCAAAGGAUGGGGACUUGGCUUUGCUCAAAUUGACCCAGCCUGUACAGAAGUCCUUAGUGCAGGCAGGGCCGCAGACAGUGAAGAGUGAGGAUAAAGCAACUGAUCCGAAGGCCACUCCCACUCUCCUGGAGCAGCUCUCUCUGCUGCUCAACAUUGACAUGCCCAAAACUGAACUGAAGGGAGCAGACCCUGAGUCACCCAGGAGAGAAGAGAUGGGCGGCAGUUCUGACCAAGAGAGCCAGAGUGGCCCUGGAGAAGCCCAAACCCAGGGUGGUGAGGUCAAGCCAAAGCCGCCAGAGACGGCCCUGGAGGCUUUUAAAGCCUUAUUCAUCUGGCCCCCUAGAAAGGGGACCACAGCUGACACCUCUGAGCUGGAAGCUGUCAAGCGCAAGAUGAGACAUGAGAAGGAGUCACUAAGAGCUGUGUUUGAACGGUCCAAGUCAAAGCCAGCAGAUGGCCCCUCUGAUCCCAAAAGUCCUGACCACAGCCCCACUGAGCAGGACGACAGGACUCCUGGCCGACUUCAAGCCGUCUGGCCACCCCCAAAGACAAAAGACACCGAAGAAAAAGUGGGACUGAGGUACACUGAAGCAGAAUACCAAGCUGCUAUUUUACACUUGAAGAGGGAGCACAAAGAAGAAAUUGAAAACCUGCAGGCCCAGUUUGAACUUCGUACAUUUCAUAUCCGGGGCGAGCAUGCAGUGAUAACAGCGAGACUAGAAGAAACCAUUGAAAAUCUGAAACACGAGUUAGAACAUAGAUGGCGAGGGGGUUGUGAAGAGAGGAAAGAUGUGUGCAUUUCUACCGAUGAUGACUGCCCUCCAAAGACCUACAGAAAUGUGUGCAUUCAGACAGACAGAGAGACCUUCCUCAAGCCCAGCGAAGGUGAAAGCAAGACAACCAGAAGUAAUCAAUUAGUACCCAAAAAGCUGAAUAUCUCCUCUUUAAGCCAGCUCUCUCCCACAAAUGACCACAAAGACAUCCAUGCAGCACUCCAGCCAAUGGAAGGCACCGAGUCAAAUCAGCAGAAGGCACCCCCUCCACCUCCUGCACCGCCCCUGCCAGCAUCCAUCCCUCCCCCUCCGCCUCUUCCCCCAGGACUUGGAUCUUUGUCUCCAGCACCUCCAAUGCCACCGCCACCACCUCCACCGCCACCCCCACCACCACCUCUACCUCCACCUUCAAGUGUUGGACCUCCACCACCCCCACCCCCACCCCCACUUCCUAACUUCCCUGCCCCACCCAACCCUGGAGGGCCUCCUCCUGCUCCAACCCCCCCAGGACUUGCACCCCCACCUCCCCCUGGACCCUUCUUUGGACUUGGCUCUUCUUCCAGUCAAUGUCCUCGAAAACCAGCCAUUGAGCCCAGUUGUCCCAUGAAGCCUUUAUACUGGACUAGGAUACAAAUAAGUGAUAAGAGCCAAAAUGCUGCACCAACCUUAUGGGACUCCUUAGAAGAACCCGACAUUCGGGACCCCGGUGAAUUUGAGUAUUUAUUCUCCAAAGACACAACUCAACAGAAGAAAAAACCUCUGUCGGAGACUUAUGAGAAAAAAAACAAGGUCAAAAAGAUCAUCAAACUAUUGGAUGGAAAACGAUCUCAAACUGUGGGAAUAUUAAUAUCUAGUUUACAUUUAGAAAUGAAGGAUAUCCAGCAUGCCAUUUUCAAUGUGGAUGACUCCGUGGUUGAUCUGGAGACCCUGGCAGCCUUAUAUGAAAACAGAGCCCAAGAGGAUGAGCUGGUUAAAAUAAGAAAGUAUUACGAAACAUCCAAAGAAGAAGAACUGAAGCUGCUGGAUAAACCUGAGCAAUUUUUACAUGAGUUAGCCCAGAUUCCUAAUUUUGCUGAACGUGCCCAGUGCAUAAUCUUCAGAUCUAUCUUUGCUGAGGGUAUCACCUCCUUGCACAGAAAGGUAGAGAUCAUCACGCGAGCUUCUAAGGGCUUGCUGCACAUGAAGAGUGUGAAGGAUAUUUUAGCUCUUAUUCUGGCUUUUGGAAAUUAUAUGAACGGAGGAAAUAGGACUCGGGGACAAGCCGAUGGAUAUAGCUUAGAAAUUCUGCCCAAACUCAAGGAUGUCAAAAGUCGGGAUAAUGGGAUUAAUCUGGUGGACUACGUUGUGAAGUAUUACCUGCGUUACUAUGAUCAGGAAGCUGGAACAGAAAAGAGUGUUUUUCCUCUGCCUGAACCACAGGAUUUCUUUCUGGCCUCCCAAGUCAAGUUUGAAGACCUCAUAAAAGAUUUGAGAAAACUGAAGAGGCAACUAGAAGCAAGUGAAAAACAGAUGGUGGUGGUGUGCAAGGAGUCUCCGAAGGAGUAUCUCCAGCCUUUCAAAGACAAACUAGAGGAGUUCUUCCAGAAAGCCAAAAAAGAGCAUAAAAUGGAAGAAAGUCACUUGGAGAAUGCACAGAAAAGUUUUGAAACAACAGUAGGAUAUUUUGGGAUGAAGCCAAAGUCUGGCGAGAAGGAGAUCACACCCAGCUACGUGUUUAUGGUGUGGUACGAGUUCUGCAGUGACUUCAAGACAAUUUGGAAACGGGAGAGUAAAAACAUAUCUAAAGAAAGGUUGAAAAUGGCUCAGGAGUCAGUCAGCAAGUUGACCUCAGAGAAGAAAGUGGAGACAAAGAAAAUCAAUCCCACUGCUAGCCUGAAAGAAAGACUGCGUCAGAAGGAAGCCAGUGUGAACACCAACUAAGAUGAAGACACACAGAAAUGAUGGCACUCGCCAUGGAGAACCUUGCACACAUGCUCUUUCUGACCCCAGGGCUGCAGGACGUUCUUGAGAGAUGUUACUAAAUGUUUUUUUGCUCAUCUCUGAGGUCAUCUGCAGAGUGCCCCAUGCCUUUAAGAAGUCCCUUAUUAAGCCACAGGAACAAUGGGAAACUAUUUAAGGGAACACUGCAGAAAUAUUUGAUUAUUAUUUCUUAUUGAAGCCCAAAGUCCACUCUGUUAUAAGACCAGAAGAAAUACCAAAAUUUUCUGCAACUUUUUUUAAAAGCUGAAAUUUCCAGCUUUAUAACCAAAGCUUGAUAUGUGUCACAUUUUCACAGAAGAGAGAAACGAUCAUUUAGGACAGUUGCCUUGGGAAGAGUUCAAGUCUUUGUCUUUACACCCUGCUGUUUUGAUUAUUGGUCUUAGUUUUGAUCCUAUUGCAGCAAAAUCCUGCAGCAUCUUACUCUCCAAUAAUGUUGCAACUUACCAAAACUAUUUUUGGAGGGGUCUAAGAAUAUGUGUUUUCCAGACUAGAAAAAUGAUUUUGUUGUUAUUCAUGUAAUGGAAAGGAGAAAAAAAACAGAAUUGUACCUGGGUAGAGAAAGGGAGAUAAACAGCCAUAAACUUCAUCCUGGAGAACAAGUUAUCAUGCAAGGACUAGACAUCUGUUAUUAAGUGAGUCCCAUUCUUGUUUCUGUAUCAGUCCUUCAUGGUUUUGUGGGCCAGCAGAGAUUCUGCACCCUAACUCUCAAGAGAAACUAAUACCUGAGCAAGCACAGCCUUAGGGUCAGAGAACCUGCUUGGACAAGGGACCCAGUGGCCAGAGCACCUUUCACAUUUUGGAUCAUUCGUAAAUGGGCAAUGUUGUGUGGACAUGCCGCCGAGUUCUACGUCGUGUGCUGUGACUGUGCAGCUGGACCUCCCCCACCAUCCCCAGGAGGCAGUUUCCAGACAGGAGAGCAAAUGCAACUCACAGCCUCCACUCAUGACCCUGACAAGGUGUGUGAAGUAGGAUGAAGCAGGACUGUUUAAUGUCAAAAAAAACUUAAGGGCAGAAAAAAAGUUUCUUACAUCAAAAUGAAAACAUUACAUUAAUAUGAAACUCCGAGUGGAUUAUUAUUCAUAGGCAGCUUUUGUGACCCUGGCUCUUGAGUCACAUGGGGAAACCACCUUGGACCUCUCUGACGAUGUUGUCCUUAAGCCACCUCUCUGAAUUUAUCUUGUGAGGAGUGAAGAUAGGACUGGAUAUGAAUUGAGAAUAUGAUCAAAGACUCAUUUUUAGGCCUUGAAGGAGAGGCCCGAGCUUUUUCCUCUAAUUGGUAGAGGACUGUCCAGAGAUGAGCAAGCAUCUUAAAUUCCUUCCUGAUCCAGCCACCACAUGUGGCAUGCCCCUUGCUCCACCAUCUUUCCAGAACCCUUGGACUUGCCAGGUGCCUGAGCAUCUUCCCAGGAUAUGCCUGCCAGCCAGCAGCCACUCAGGAGUGCUCCUGCAAUAGAUCCAGUAACGAAAGCAGCACCAUAUGUCCUCAUCUAAUGUCAGCCUCCGGAAUGAAGUGCAGUCAGGAUCAAGUCAUACAAGCCAUAUUCAUACAGGUGCUAACCACCUUUUCUACUGGUUCAACUGAAAGGAAUAUGGUAAUAUAAUUGGAUUUUUUAAAUUCAAAAUAAAGGAAUGAGACAAGCAAAAUGGCAAAGCUGAGAAGGAACAUGCAUGACUAAAAAGGCUUGAAGUUGCUUGUGAGCAAGCCGCUUUUUAUACGCUUUCUUAGUUUUCUUGAUUUUCACUUAACUCUGAAGACACCCAAAAGAACUGAUUAAUUAAAAACUAAUUCCACUCAUAGCCGUCCCCGUGCUCCUUCUAGUGUUAUGCACAAAAAAAGUGCCCGUUUUAUCCAUGCCAUAGAAAUCAGCUCCGAGUUCUGUGGUGCCCGCAGAAGUCUAAAUCCUGGUAGGCUGGUAAGAGCAGCAGGUGGUUUGCAGUGGAGUCACUGCAGCCCACUUCAGUCUCCAAAUAGGAUGCUCAUGAGACAUCACUAAAGGUAAGCAAGGUUGUCACUGUGGCCACGUAACUCUUCCAGGGCCAGUGCUGAAGAAUAAUGAGUGAAAACACUUAAUUGGAGCUCAUCCUAGUCAACAGACUAAAACUUGGCAGUAAAAUGUCUGUUUCUACAAAGCAAGAUUUGCCUGCCUCGGUUAGGGAAACCUGGUGGUUUUGUCACACUAGUCAGUGUAUUAAUGUUACUGUUUUAAGACAUCAUGACAAAAUCUUCAUUAUUCUCACCUAAUUUGAAACCUGGGAUGCCCCCUCCCAAGUCCACCAGUGUACCACAUUGUUGACACAGCCUUCAUUUUUAACUCAAGUUGAUGCUCAGUAAAGGUCAAUGAUGGUUUGUUCAAGGAAGUUCAUCUACAAUAAUCUGGAGUCCUUGAAAAUGAUCCCUGUAAAAUGCUGUUGAGCUUGUGUUCAGUGCAACAGGAGUGUCUAAACCUUCCCUGGAGAAGAGGUGAUCAGGAGGCCAUUUGGCAGCUUGAGCACAUCCAGCCAGCAGGCUUUAAGUGGCUGUUGUAGGAAUAGCCCUCCCUCAACUACAAAGCAGAGUAGCCAGUAUUGCUAUGCCGUGUCUAACCAGACACUCACACCUGACUUACUAGUUACUGAGAACCCUUAGUCUACAAACAAGUUCUUCUCUUCCUAGACAAAAUUCACUAAGUCUAAGGACACAAUGUGACAGUUCAGAUUCUUGCAUUAGAAAUUGACAAUAAGUGUCAGAGCACACAAUAUCAUAAGUUCCAUAAAUUACACAAAAUAUAUCAUAAAAUAUACUAUAGACAUGUUAGGUAAAAAGCAUCAGGCCCAUCAAGCAUCAAAAACCAGGUUAUGGCUCUUACCUCAAGAAGCGGCAGCUUAUGGGGAAAAAGGAAUAAGAAAAAUUGUGGCCAAGCAGAAGUGGAUGUAUAUGACGGCAGUGGAGGCCCAGAGGUCUCAGGUGAUUGCCCUACUGCCCAACAAUUGCCUUUUGAAUCCUUAUGCUGAUGGUGUCUUUCUACACACUCACUGCAACUACUCAGGAAUUAUGGAGAAAGAUUUUCUGACAUCUGAGAAGUAGAAUAAGGAAACCCAGUGGUGCUAUUAUACUCAGAUUGCCAGUAUGGUUGAGAAAUUGAGUAUCAGAGGGCAUGCUGGUCUCCCCUCCCAUCUAUCACGGUCAGAAGAAGCUGCAAACCUCUUCUUGGCCUCCUUCAGGUACCUCUUGUUUUCUUAAGUACCACAGAGAAUAGUGCUUCCUAAAUGAAUAGUUCAUAUACGGCUGGUAAAGAAAAUGGAAAAACUGAAGGAAGGAAUGUAACAUGUUUGUAGAAAUAACCCCUCCGGUAAGAUAAGUCAUUUUUUUUCCCCUAAGGGCCACAGUGAGAUGUAGCAGAAGAAAUGUGUAUUUGGGGCAAAGAUUUACCUGUUGGCCUGGGAUUGCAUAUUCCCUCUACAUGAUGCUGUCUGCAACAGAGAAAUUUUCUUAAUUAUAUUUUUCCUUUCUUGAAAGUUAUGUAUCCUCAUUUCUAUUUCUAUUUCUGCUUCUCCCUUGGCCACUUCAUUGAUGCAGAUCAUUGCACACAACAGCACAGCAAACUGCACUAAGUCAGUGUGUGACGGGGAAUUAGCAAUGGACACUUGCAGGCUCUUUUUCCCAGGAACCAGGUUCUUACAUUGACAGGGGAAGCUCUUCAUUCCCUGACAUACUAAAUUGGUCAGUUUUGUAGUACUCACCUCUGCCCACAAAAACAAAGAUAGAAUCAAUUUGGAGCUUUAUAUGGCAAAGAGAAAGAAUACGUCCGAAAAUAGCCUUCCUCCCUCCCCCCUCCCAUAUAUCUGAUCCAAAUAUCAAGUAUCUGAUUUUAUAAAGUAGUUUAAACUGCCUUUUUAAAUUGCUGUCAAGAAGCAUCAGGUAUAUUUGAGCUGCUUUUUUUUAAUCCUGUCUAUUCUAAUCAGAGAAAGAAAUGGCCGAAAAGUGGAGAGGAAAGAAAAAGCUUCUGUUUUUUAAAAUAUUUUUAUAGUAGUUAUUUUACCUUUAGGGACCCUACAACUGAAGAGGGUGGAGAGAAUAAGGAAACAGACUUUUCAUAUCUGCUUUGUCUUCAUAAAGAAACCUGCCACACAGAUGAAACCAGUCUAUGUGGCCAAACUGAUUGAUAGGAUUUGAAAAGUGGGUAAUUUUUAGCCUUUCCAGAAUGCAAAUAACUUGCUUGAUAUAGUUCCAUUUUCCAGCUAUAAACAAUCCAGCUGCCUGGAAUCUUAUUAGUACAGAAGCGGCUUUAAAAAAGCACCCUCGAACACUGGACUCAGCAGAUCUUUCUUCUUUAAACUUACAUAAUGAUAUUCGUAUCUCCAUUAGCAAUUGAAUCCAGGCAUAACCAGGCACAGUUACACAGCUGUAUGUGACCGAGAAGCCCAUUUUGUGUCACUUCUGCACACUCGUCAGCUGUUGACACCUUAUUAGACGCACUGCAUUUUUGCUUCACAAUUCUUCAUCUCCCUUCCCAAGGAAUGGGCAGUCUACCAAACUCUUCCAGAUCAAUGCUUUGUUGGAAGGUGAUAAAUUUAAGAGAAUUUUAACAUGUCAAAUUUGAAGCCAAUUCAGUAGCCUUAUUUGUUCCAAGACUCUUUAACCAAUACUGUGAUAUAAAGCUAGCAUUUGGGAAACUUGUGUAGUAAACAACUGAUUUGGAGACAUGAAGAUAUUAAAAUGGCAGCCAGCUAACUCUGUCUCUUGAGCCACUAUGCGGUUUCUACCAAUGGAAAGAUGACGGAGGCAAAUUAAGCCCCAUUCAGUAGGCCUGCUGUCCAGUGGAACUUACUGAACUCAUUUCCUCCUCUAUCCCCAGGCCCUUCUCCUGGCUACUCUGGUGAUAACCAGGGGCAUAGAGGACCUUCUCUUCUCCAAUAGGGUAGUUUCCUGCAGUCAGUAGCUCACAUGAACUCCAGACUUUAUUUUACAUUACAUCUCUGAAGUACUUGAUCUGGGGAAGAUUGACUUUAAUUCCAUUUUUAUAUGAAAGUGGUAGAUAACAGCCAUCAAUUUAUUUUUCUACAUUUCCUCUAAGCUUAUGUAAUUUUGUUUUUAAAUAUUCUCUUAAAUAUACUGAGAAUCUUCUGUCUCCUUUUCUAGAGGCUGAUCUAACUACACUUACUGGCUGUUUUUCCAAGCUUUGUGUGAAACUUGGUAACACUGGGCCAGCAAAAUGCAAAGUAGACUACAGUUUCAGGCAGAAAAUCUCAUCCAAAGAAUCCGGCAUGGAUUAAACCUCCACCACACUAUAGCUCUCACACGGGCUGAACAUUUUCCUAAACUCUACCUGUGCAGACAGUGAGAGGUUCUCUGCCUUUGAAACUAUGAGAAUGUCUUAAAUGACUAUUUCUCUCUAUAGUAUGAGCUGCCAAUGCAUUAUCUUAGUAUAUCAAGAAGGAACUGUCAGGCACACAUUAGCAAUGGUUUGUUAAUGUCCCUGUCAAAGUUGUACCUACUUUCCUUGUUUUCUUCAGGGGCUUUCUUCCACUUUCAUCUCAUGAAACAAAUGAGUUGAUUGUUCAGCUGGGUUAGCUUUCCAGGUCCAUCUUUCCAAAAUGAAAGGUUAGUCCCAUAGACCACUGGGUAUCCAGGGAAAUUACUCUUUACCUCCUCAUGGCCUGGAUGGUAGGUGUUCCUAGAUUAACUCUCUGGCAAUUCUUAGUAUGGAUUUUGAAUUCCAGACUUCUUUAUAGGAGAUGUAUAAAAAGGAAUUUGUAACAUACAGAAAUUAUACUGCUCUUCCCAGUAAGGGACUGAAAGGACAUUUUAAAUCGUUACAUUUUAGAUGUUUUUGUGAACUAUGAAUAUCUCCUUUUUCCUCUCUUCAUGCUAACUUGUCUCUAGAUAAAAUCUCAUUUCUUCAUGCAUCGGACCACAAGGCAUGAAGAGGGUAGCUCAGACCCACUGAGACCGUGUUCUGCAUAAUCUUUGAAAGGCUUCCAUUUCCAUUGAAAACAAAUCCAUGAGAGAGAGGGAAAGUCUAGUAACGAUUUUCCUGUUUGCUCCUAGUGACACAAAUAAGUUUUAGGGAUCUACCCAAGGGAUAGGUCUACUCCAAAACUUAAUUUUAUAAUUCUAUAAUUUCCCAAGGCAUAAUGUGACCCUACUGUCAGCUAGAUGUCUUAUCUUCAAAGAAUGUAAGCUUUAAGGACUUCCCUUAAAGAACCAAUGUAAAAAUACUCCUAAAAUGGCAGAAACUUUUCAAAUUAGAAAUUGAGUAAUUUUUAAGAAUCUUGAAAGAAAUCAUUCAUUUGUCAUGGUCUUUUUCUUUCAUUGAGUUUUAAGAGUUUUAAUUUAGAGUAGCAUGCCAAGGAGGAUGUCCUUGGACUUUGAUUUAGGGGAUCGUGCUUUGGCUUGGGAAUAAGCACUGGCCUGCAUGCCCAGAACCUAAGUGAAGGCAGUCAGCAUCCUGGUAUGAAUCGGACCUAGCAGAAAUGUAAAUUACUUAAAAGUGCUUUAGAGUUUAGUUUUCUCAGUGACACCCUGGACCCUGGAUGCUGCUGUCUAAAGUGCAUUUGGUCCAUGCAGUUCUAUGUCUUCAUAUAACUGGGGCCUUGUGAGGUUGCAAGCAAUGGGAUGGGCGAGAAAGAAAGGAUGCAUGGAGGAGUAAAAUUUGAAUGAGGCUAACGCAAUGUUUUGCUGAUAGAUUACAUUGUUAGGGAGCUGGUGAUUUGGGGGCAUGGUUGUAUCAUUGGCAGCUUUUCAGUGGAAAUUGAAGGCAUCUCUGUUAGGCAGAUGUGAGUGCCCAUGAUCUUGUAUUAUUUAUCAGUGCCAGACAGUGUACUGGAAAAGCAGGUACCGCAGUGAAACUGGUCUGUACUUGGUUUAACAGCUCCAACAGUUUCAAAAUCCGUGGGGCUACUUGUCCAUAGACCCUGUUUACUGCAUGCCUGUUCAAAAGUCAUUUUGACGUCUAGCUUCGUUUUGCCUUUUUCCUUCAUAUUCCGUGGCUUUUUCUUACGUUUCUCCCAGACCCAGAUUUUUUCACCCCUCUGCAUCACAGACAACCAAGUGUCUCCCUCGGCCCCUCCUCCAUCCCCUCAUACCCUGUGCUCCAUUCUCAGCCGCUUGGACAGGGAACCCCGCUGUCACCAAGGAGCCCAUGUGAGACACACUGCUGUGACUGCCUCUUGUUAAUGUCAGCAUCACCUCAUCACUUAGGCAAAAAGGAAAAUCCAUAAAAGAUGGAAAAUACGUCUCUUUUUCAUUUUAUUCUACUUUAAGAAGGUUGGCUGGGGUGGGGGGCAUGUUAUUCUAGGUCUUCAAUUUCUCAUAGAUUUACCUUAAACCAAGGCCAUUCUUUUGAUAAAUUUGUACAUCAGACCGGAUCACCAGCUAUGAUGCGGAAGGCUAAAUUUUUGAAUCUCAAGUAACUUUUUGUGCUGCUGGACAAAUCGAUUUAAUUCUGUGCAGGCAAACACUUUGAAUCAUAAGGCUUUUUAUUGCCAUUCCAUUCUUACUACUACUCAUGAUUCAAGCAUCUACCCCUGUUCUGAAUCAGGACGUUGACACUUUGUGAUUAUUUUCAGAUGAACAGUAAGUGCUACACUCUUGAAAGCACUUAAAGUGUGAGCAUGUCCUAAAUUGUCAACCAUUUAACCUGGUAAAACAUAGGCUUUUCUGUUUAAUUAUUAGACCAAUCUGUAGAUAUAAACUGAAAGGGUUUUAGGCAGUAAUGAAGACAGUUGGGAAAGGAGAAGGCACUUUAAAGACAUGAAACCUUAUGUUACAUGCCCUUUGAUACUUUUAAGCAUAAUCUCAUUGGAUUCAGGUAUUUUUCCCUUUGCUUAAAAAUAGGUAUUUCUAAUUUGUUUGCAUAUUUAAUUUUGUCAAAGCUGAGAAAUGUUCAUGAGUUUAUAAAUGCCAUUUGCAACCAAAUGAAGUAUUUAUUUUUAAAAAGAAAGGUUGAAGGAACUGAUUUGUACAUAAUAAAAAUAUGUGUAUAUUUUUUUUUCCUCCUUGACAGUACUUGGUCACCAUAUCAAGUGUAUUUUUGUACAUAAUAUAUAUUGAUGAGAAAAGUGUCACUUGUCUAUUCAAGAAAAUUCUAUCUCUGUGAUAAGUUAUAUUUAUCCUAAUCUGUUGAUACCUCUAUUCACUUAAGAGAUAGAAUUAUAUUUUUUGGAAUUUGCAGCGAAUUGCAUUCAUGGCUUUCAAUUGUAAAUAUGCUAAGGGUAUUUUAAUAAAUCUGGGUUUCAUGUC